GUUUGUUCGACAUGUUUAUGCCAUAUGGCUAGCGAAGAGCUGACGCGCCAAAGGGUCGUCAUUUGCAUCAGCCAGAAUUUCAGAUGGCUCCGCACUUGGGGAACAAUGGGCAGUUGUCCCGCGAUGAGCGAGUCCAGCUCUAUGGGAUUGACUGUGAAGACCAGGUGAUGUGGCAUGAAUGGACACCUGGCGUGGAGAGCGUGCAAGACCUCGUUCUUCAGAAUGUGGCGCUGGUCACACAGAAGGUCAAGUUCAAGCUGCCGCCCACGAAAGAGUUCGACAUGCCGUAUCCAGAGCCCUUCAAGCUCGCGCCCGGUAUGAAGAAGGUGAUCCCCAUCAGCUUUCGGCCCUCCAAGUAUGUCCCGCAUGUGGAUCGAGUCCAGAUCGUCACCAAAGGAGGUAGCUUCUUUGUCAUUGUCAAGGCCGUGGUGAAGGACGUGGCCCUCUCAGUGCCGCCCUUCUUGGACUUUGGCCUCUGCCCGACAAUGGAGCGUUCUCAGCAACAGAUCGAAGUGUACAACACCGGCACCUUGAAGGCGUCCAUGAAGUGGCACGCCAGGCCGCCCUUCACCGUUCGAUGUUCCGCUGAGACGGUGGACGUGGGACAGUCCGUGCGGUGCCUGGUAGAGUUCGAGCCCAAGUCGGCCUCCGUCUUUGAUGGGCUACUGGCCUGCGAGGCUGCCAGUGUAGCUGCUGCCGUCCUGGACGACGAGGACAGCAGCGCUCGGGCUCCAGAGGUGAAACAGUACGCACUGCAAUGCACUGGCGUUGGCAAGCUGCCUCACCUUUGCGUGCCCGGUGGUCGCAGCCCGCUGGUAGAGUUUGGGGCAGUUUCGCCUGGGAAGCGCGUGCCGCAAACGCUGGAGCUGCUGAACACGACUCCUGUGCGGGCAGUCUUCAAGGUGCGUGCGGUGCACGACUCGGAGGCUGCAGCGCUGCCCUCUGCAUUCUGGGUGAGUCCAGACUCUGGAGUGGUGGAGCCAAACUGCACCUUUAGCAUGACCUUUUACUUCCAGUCUCACACUGUCAAAGAACAUGCAUGCCAACGCUUUCACAUCAGCACACCUGGCGGGACACCAUUGGUUGUCACAUGCAAAGCAUUCUGCCAGCCGAUCGACGUGGCGAUGUCCUGCAGGUCCAUCAACUUUGGCGAAGUGCCAAGUGGAAAAGUCUGCUCCCGAACGCUGCAGCUGCAGAACCAGAGCGAUCGACCUUCUCCAUACCACUUCAUCAAUGUGGACCAGCGAGGUGUUUUCUGGGUCGACCGGGCGAUGGGAGUCAUCCCGCCGGACUCCUUCAUGGUGGUGACGGUCUUUUUCGGGCCAAUGUCACCCAUCAAUUACCACAAGAAGGUGUCUUGUGUCAUCAAGGGUGCGUCUGCUCCUUUGAUCCUGGACUUGCUUGGGUCUUCGCACAGCGAGAAGGUGAGGCCAGCCAGGCUGGAGCAGCACCACGUGGACAUCUUCCGGAACAUGCAGCUGUCAGGGGUGCGAGAGCAUCAGCUGCAAGAAGCUGCGGAGGAGCAGAACCUCGAGGACGAGCUCCCGCAGGAGGAAUUGGAUCCAGCAGCUCCGGAGGUGCCGGUAAAGCCGCUCUCAGCCACAGCUGCAUUCCUGGACUUGAUGCUGGCCACUGACUCCAAGCUCAGGGACAUCACAAUUAGCCCCGGGAAUCUGGAUUUUGGUCAGAAUUCCGUCCUGACCAUGUCGGAAAAGCAGUCGGUGACGAUCACGAAUCGCACAUCGCAGAAGGUAACGGUGAUGUGGAUGAUUGCCGGGGAAACGCGCGUGCCCUGCCUACCAGACGAGAAAGGGCUGUUCUCGGUCUAUCCGCCAAGCUGCGACAUCAGGCCCAAGGCGCAGGCAGACUUCCAGAUCAGCUUUAGGCCGCAGAACUCCAGCACCGUGGAAGGGGAGUUGCUGGAAGUGGUGGUGGCCCAGAAGGUGAAUCGCACCUUUCGGCUGGUCGACCUGCAAAGGUUUACACCCCCAUGGAUGUUGACUCUUCGUGGGAUGGGUCACACAAUGGGUGCCAGAACCGACACGCAGGUUGACAUUUCAGAGACAAAUGUUCGAUUCAGAUCCUGUCCCCCGGGCGAGCGAACGUACCAGGUGGUUAUGAUGACAAAUCCGGGGGAUAUGCCACUGAGCUACCAGAUCCUUCCAGCGGCGGCAAGAGGUGAAGCUGAUGGAAUGGAUUUGGCAGAAGAGGCACCCUUUCGCGCGUGGCCAACACAGGGCAUCAUUCUGCCGCAUCAGUUUCAUUUGAUCGUCCUCGAGUUUGCGCCGACGGAAGCAAGGAACGAGACACCUUACGUGGCCAACUUCCAAGUUGUGGUGGAUUACUACGAGAGCCAACCAAAGAUCAUUCGAGUGUCUGCACGGGCAUGGAAGCCUCAGCUCUCCUUCUGCAAUGGCCAGCUGAACGUGACCUUCCCUCCGACGUGCUCUGGCAUUGCCUCCACAAUGGUCUGCGCCGUGAAGAAUGUCUCGGAAAUUCCGAUUUCGUAUGAGUGCCGAAUCCCAAGCCGCUUCCGCUCCACCUUCUGGUUUUCCGAGCCGGCGGGUCGGCUGGCACCUUCUGAAUCUACCAGCAUCAUCGCAAACUUCUGCCCUUCCAGCGAGCGAGUUUUCUCCGCCCCCAUGUACUGCGCAACCAGCUGCAUCGAGGACCCUGACAACUUUGUGGAAGGCCCACUGCGUGCGCUUCUCAAUGUACCCGCGCCUGCGGAAGAGCCGUCGUACGUCCUUCAGCUCGUGGGGCAUGGCAAAGGCCCUGCGCUGUCCCUGGAGCCCGACAGCCUGGACCUGGGCGCCACCAAGGCCUGCGAGGCGCAGCUGCGCCAGGUAGUGAUUUUGAACUCCUCCCAGCUGCUGGUCCGGUAUGAGGUUUCCCUGCAAUUCAUUGGCAAGGAUCCUCAAGCUGCAGCAGUUGCGGCGGAGGCGCUGGUGGUGGGCCAUACUGUGGGCUCGGUAGCAGGUAGAUGCACAGCGACGCUUGACAUCAAGUUCCAUCCGCCUUGCCGCGGGGAGUUCAUUUAUGAGGUGGCAGUCACACCAAAAGGAGAAGGGGCUGAAGAACCCAGCGGCAAAAGCGUGACCUUCACGCUGAGCGCGCUGGUGCAGUACCCCUACGUCCAGAUUGCUGACCUUCGGACUGAGUCUGCCACCCUGCAGCCACAGUCCAUGAUGUGGACCCAGUUCCAGGUGGAUGGAAUCAAUGAGCUUUAUCAGGGCGAGGUGGCGGAGGAAGAGCGGAUGUUUCAGAAUGCCAUCGGCAUCGAUGAGAAGAAGCGUUUGGUGAGGCAGCUGAAGCCCUUCCAGUUGCUUUUCGGCACCGCCGCAGUGGAUUCCAGCGCCACGGUGGUGUACUUGGCGCUGUCCAACCCGGGCUACUUGCCCAUCAGGUUCUCCUUCCAGACACCUGAGAACCUGAACUUGGAGAACGUGCCGUACUGGUGUGAUGAGAAGGCCCUGGUCGAUGAGCGGGAGGCGCAUUUCACCUGGGUGGAGGAACACGGAGUGUACGACAUCCAGCCCAGAAGUGGUGCAAUUGCACCGGGUGAUUUUCUGCACGUGAAGUUCACGUACCACCACCACAGCAUCGGCACGCACAUCCUUCCCGUGGUGUUCAACGUCCAUGAUGGGCGCUCGGUGCUUUUCUACCUCAAGGGCCAUAGCGUGGCGCCUGCCGUGGGUUGCCUUUCAGUGCGCUCCUCCGUGGUGACCUUGCAGCCAGUACCUCUAGGCGAGGGCAUGGUUCAGGCAGUGGAGCUCACGAACAGCGGGGGGGUGUCUGCGCCGUGGCGAGUGGAUCUCUCCACCAUUGCUGGGUACAACACGCAGAACCACAACUUUCAGGUCUUGCAGGUCACCCCGCUGCAGGGCACCUUGGAGCCACAGAGCUCCACCUUUCUGCACUUCACCUUCAGUCCCCUAGAGGCCAAGAGAUACGGUUGCCCUGUACGCUUGGAGAUGCUGAAGGAUGGGCGGCCGGCGGAGGAGCUGUGCUUUGAGAUCCAGGCAGACGGCUACAUGCCCUCUGAUCCACUUCCGCAGGUGGUUCCGCAAUUUCCGCCGAACUUGCCCAUCCAGACCUACGCGCCGGUGCCUGGCUACGGAGCGGCCUUGUCCAUUGAAAUCCUCGACUUCAAAGAGGUUCCACUUCGAGCUCGUCAUUCACAAAUGCUAGUCUUGGUGAACUAUACCUCGGACUUCGUGCUGGGCUUCAGGUGGGAUGCCCGGAAGCUCUUCCGCUUCGAUCACGAGCUGGAGAUAGAACCCAGCCAGGGGGAGCUGUCGCCAGGGUCUCAUUGCAUCGUGGUCUUUCGCCUUUGCUGCAAUGAGCCGAUGGAUGUCAGCGGCGAGAUUGCCUGCCAACUGGACUGGACACACAUCAGCGCUUAUGGCCAGCAGUCCGUGGUGGAGUCCCAGGAGGAGCCCGUGCCAGUGGAGUACUUUGGCUUCCAUGCGGAUCACAUCCACGAGCCGGCGCGAUCUGGGAAGGGGCCCAAUGCACCAGUGCACAUUUCAGUGGCAAACCGCUUGACGGUGUCCAGGUUUCGACACUUGAUGUCCACGGCUGCGGGGCAAAAGUUCCUGAACGAGAACCUGCAUCGCACCUCCGUGCUCUCGUCACACAUUCCCAUCAUGUCUCCGCGGAAAGCGAUGCAGACGUCUACCAUGGGCUUGGCGUUGCAGAGCAAGGAAGAGAUGCCAGGGACACACAGCCAGAGCAGCAUGGAGGAGUCCUCUCGCACAGCACCCAAUGCGCCCACCUCCUACCCGCUCUACGUGCGCGUGCGGGCGGUCGUUGCAGAUUGGAGGGUGCCUUCGGAGCAGCGGAAGGACUUUGUCGUGGAGAGCUUUGCCAGAAACCUGCUGGCACGCCGGCAGAGCGAGGGAGAGCUGGAGAAGGAUGCUACGAAUCCGCUGAAUCUCGGCACCGCGCGUGAGGAGACGGCGCAAGAUCCGGGUCCACCCAAAGAAGACCCGUCAGAGGCGAUCGCCGAGGGCUUCCAAGGUGAGGCCGAAGGCGACGGUGUGGAAGAAACCAACGCGGCACUGAAGCUGGCAGGGUCCGUGCUUGAGCAGAUGAUGAAAGAGGUAAUUGCGGAGGAAGAGUUUGGCGCGGUCCUGGACAAGAUGCUGUCACAGGAGGUGCCCGCCUUCGAGCAAUUCGAAAACAGCGAGCCUCCGGCGUUGCCAGCUCCGGAGCACCCUGCUGCUCCUGAGCCAGAGCUGAAGCAUCCAUACGAGGAUGCAGACACUGCGCCACCGGAGCCAACGAGGUCGGCGGCUCCCGAAGAAAGUGAAGAGGCCUUGGAUGAGGAGGAAACUCCUCUCAGCACAGCACUUCCACGGUCAGACUUGCUUAUGGACUUCAGCGCGCCGAGCUCAGCGCGGGCUGAACAGCGGGCUGAAGUUCGCCCUCCACGACCUCCGAGCCCGAUACGCUCGAGGCACGGUACAGACGAGCUGGAGGUUCCAACUCCGUUGGGAUCACCUGGCAGACCAGAAAGGUGCUGGGAGGACGCGCUGAAUAUGUACGGCGAGGUGGACUUAGAUGCAUUCCGAGACUCCGCGGCAGAGGUUCUGGAUCGGCUGUUGUUGGACACCAUGGAUGAUGUCAUCGCUGGCCGACUGAAUUGGAUGCGACCCCUUCCCCGCGUCCGUGAUAGGCGGUAGCCGAGCGGAUUCCCCAGCCAAAGAUUUCGGGCCAAAGACUUGCGAACUGCAGCAGUUGUAUUUUGCAGAAGAAAAAAAAAAAAACGCCACGUUUCACCUUUCACGUUUCACAUUUCACCUCUCACUCGGUGGUUUGGCAAUGUCACCGCGCGAAUCCCGCGCCUUUGAGACCGGAGGAA